AUGCUCGGGGCAUCACCCUUUCGAUUUCUGGAUCUUCCCAAAGAGUUACGCUUUAUGGUCUACGAGAACCUUAAUGUCUCUGCGAAGCAACUUCGAUUACUGCCCCUUGGUGAUGGUCUACAACUCGAAGAACAAACCACGCAAUCGCUUGACGAUCUAUCUGCCAUCACUGUUACACUACAAACUCUUUCUGUUCAGAUCUACUCCACGUGCCGCCUCAUAUACUCUGAAGCUCUCCCCUUUCUCACCAGAAAACUCGACAAGAUCCGCGAAGACAUCCCCAGACUCACAAUAGGGGCCGACUGUCUCUAUUCUAGCGCUCUAGCCAGCACACAAAGGCUGUUGUGUGCUCUUCUAGACACACUCAAUAACCACCCCUUCUUCACAUCCAAAUCCGCCACUACGCUGCCACCGCCGUGGCACAUGGAAUUCCUAUCCCAGUACCCCAGCGAUGUCCAACAAUGGCUCGUGCAGACUGCGCACCUCCUCCUCUCCCAGCGUCCCCCACCAUGCCCCUUCGCAGGCUUCAUGGGCUCGCCCACAUACCCAACUGUGCGUCUCAUCAUCGAAGUACCGAAGAUGUGGAGAUACGCGACGUAUCGCGGACGUAUGGGGGAGUCGCUCUCGACGCCGCCGUUGUAUACAGGGAGCAUCACGAGUCAGCUUAGUCAGAUGUACGGUAUGCUAGUCGAUCAUACGAGAACCUUGGGGCACAUCAAGAGCGGGGCGAUUGUGUUUGAUCAGGAGGAUGAAAGGGUCUUUGAGAAGGAGGGGUUGGUGGUUAAGAAGACAGUCGCGUUGGAUUUCGGGAUUUGUAGAGCCAUAGAGUAG